UGUCGGUGUGUCUCACAGACUCUUCCUCUCUAAACAAAUAUCCGCAUGUACCGAUAAGCAACGAGUCACUAAAUGAUGAGUUACGUUAAGGAGAUUACCCUGCGUGUCUUUUUUAAAUUCUUCCUGCUGUUGUGUAUUUUACUACAAUGCGAGGGUCGUGAAACGGAAGUCAGCUAUGUCACCUGUGGUUCCCUAGUGAAAUUGCUUAAUACAAGGCACAACGUCAGACUGCACUCCCACGAUGUCAAAUAUGGAUCAGGAAGUGGGCAGCAGUCCGUCACUGGGGUGGAGGCUGCGGAUGAUGCUAAUAGUUACUGGCGAAUCCGGGAGAAGCCUAACUCAACGUGCCAGCGGGGGGCGCCCAUCCGAUGCGGCCAGGCCAUCCGAAUCACCCACAUGAAGACAGGCCGCAACCUCCACUCACAUCAUUUCUCCUCCCCACUGUCAAAUAACCAGGAAGUGAGUGCAUUCGGGGAGAACGGGGAGGGGGACGACCUGGAUGUGUGGACGGUCCAGUGCUCCGGAACCUACUGGGAGCGGGACGAGGCGGUGCGCUUCAAGCACAAGGGGACAGAGGUCUUCUUGAGCGUGACUGGAGAGCAGUAUGGACACCCCAUCAGAGGACAGAGGGAAGUGCAUGGCAUGUCCAGCCCCAGCCACCACAACUACUGGCGUGUCAUGGAGGGGGUGUUCAUCCAGCCCAGCUUGGAAGCUCCGCGCCAUGAUGAACUCUAAACCUAAUGGACCAGACUGCCAUUCCUGUAGAAGAGACUUCUCUUCCGUCUUUUUUUUUGUACAUUUUGGUGCACUCUCCUUUACUUCCCAGUUUGCUUGAUCCUUUGAAGCAGAUGGUGUUGAUCUUGCAUAUGUAUUUAUUUUUAGGGUUCUUCAGGAGCACUGUACUUUUUGUACACUUUUUGUUCCGGCUUUUUGAGCACAAGCAGGAUAAUUCCAGAAGAAAUCAUUUCGAUUGGGUGUCUAAUUCUUGAUUCCAGCCAAAGAUGUAGACGAAUGACUGA